AUGGCUCUAAUCCCGGAGCUCAUUGAGCCCUCAGCCUACGCCAUAGCUCUUUCCAAAGAGCAAUGCUUGAGCUACUGCAACUACUGUAUUCGACGUGACGUGGCAGAGCUGAAAAAAUGCGCGGCGUGCAGAAGUUUGGUGUAUUGCUCGACGGAUUGUCAGAAGAAGGAUUGGCGACAGCACAAAUGGGAGUGCAAGGCGAUUAAGGUGAAAGUUUGGGGGUUUUGGGUGGAAAAUGAUGAAUUUUGAGCUAAUAUUCAUGAAAAUUGAUGAAUUUUAAGCUAAAAUUCAUAAAAAUUGAUGAAUUUCAACCAAAAUUGAUGAAAAUUGCUCAUUUUAAGCUCUAGAAUUUGAAUUUUCAUCUGAAAAUCAAAAAAUCAUGAAAAUUUAUUGGAAAUCAUGAUUUUCAGCUUCAAAAUGAUUCACAUUGCUCAUUUUAAGCUGAAAAUCAUCAAGUUUCACUUCAAAAUCAUGAAAAUCUCUUUUUUCGCCCAAAAAAUCUUAAAUUUUAACAAACCAUGCCGCAAAAUUGCAAAAAUGGGCGGAGCCCAGGCUUGCUUGGUAUCAAAUUGAAGCUUUUUCGAAAACCAUGCCGCAAAAUUGCAAAAAUAGGUGGAACCUAGGCUUGUUUGGUAUCAAAUUGAAGCUUUUUGAAAACCAUGCCGCAAAAUUGCAAAAAUGGGUGAAACCUAGGCUUGUUUGGUAUCAAAUUGAAGCUUUUUGAAAACCAUGCCGCAAAAUUGCAAAAAUGGGUGAAACCUAGGCUUGUUUGGUAUCAAAUUGAAGCUUUUUCGAAAACCAUGCCGCAAAAUUGCUUUUUUUCCAGGCGAAAAGCGCAAUUUGCGACGACGGACACCGUCUUGUCGCUCGUCUCAUUGCCCUCGUCAACGAUGGCGACUUUGGCGAAGUUCAGGGCUCCGGAAAAUCCGCCGGCGCGGAAAAUCGCUCGAUUUUGACACUUCAGGAGCGGGAAGGAGAUCCGAACGGCGAAGCUGCGACGUUUUUGCGCGAAUUUCGCGAGUUUUUCGAUGGAGCUGGACGAAUUGAGGAGGAAAAAGUGGAAAAGUGA